GAGGCUGCCGAGCGCCGUCCCCCCACUCUCACCGCACCCUCCGGGUCCCCCCAGAAUGAGCUGUGCCCCCGCCAACGCCAACGCCUCUGCCUGACCCCUUCCCUGCCUGCCCUGCCUGCCCUGCCCGUGCCACCAUGCUCAUCAAGGAGUACCGCAUCUGCAUGCCGCUCACCACCGAGGAGUACCGCGUAGGGCAGCUCUACACCAUCAGCAAGCAUAGUCACCAGGAGAGCGAGAAGGGCGAGGGUGUGGAGGUGGUGAAGAACGAGCCCCACGAGGACCCCAUCCACGGCCCCGGCCAGUUCACCGAGAAGCGCGUCCACCUCUCCAGCAAACUGCCGAGCUGGGCACGGGCGGUGACCCCCCGCAUCUUCUACAUCACGGAGAAGGCCUGGAACUACUACCCCUACACCAUCACUGAGUACACGUGCUCCUUCCUGCCCAAGUUCUCCAUCUACAUCGAGACCAAGUACGAGGACAACUGCGGUGACAGUGAGAAUAUCUUCCGCAGCGAUAAAAUCCUGGGUGACCACGAGGUCUCCUUCCUGGACAUCGCCUUUGACGAGAUCCCCGAGCGUUACUACCGCAGCUUGGAGGACCCCCGUUUCUUCAGCUCGGCCAAGACGGGCCGGGGGCCGCUGCGGGAGGGCUGGCGUCAGCACACCAAGCCCAUCAUGUGCUCCUACAAGCUGGUGAGCGUCAAGUUCGAGGUGUGGGGGCUGCAGACGCGGGUGGAGCAGUUUGUGCACAAGGUGAUCCGGGACAUCCUGCUGAUCGGACACCGGCAGGCUUUCGCCUGGGUGGACGAGUGGUGCGGGAUGACAAUGGAGGAGGUGCGGCGCUACGAGCGGGAGACGCAGGAGGCCACCAACGAGCUCAUCGGCCUGGUGGCACCCACCAUCUCGGUCAGCGAGGUGGGGCAGCCCACGGCCACGCACUCGGCCCCCGCCAGCGCCCCGUCCACCCCCCUCAGCGACGAGGCCCCCGAUUUCCUCGCUCCUCCCAAGACUCGCCCGCGCAAGAAGUCGGCGCCGGAGACCCUGACGUUGCCUGCGCUGCGGGAACGCGCCAGUGCCGAGUGA